AAGAUGGCGAACGUGCGGGAUAGUGACACAUCUUUGUGGCUCCACAAUAAACUCGGUACAUCGAAUGAUUCGUGGACCAGUGGCUCAAUUUGUACACAGUUAAACGCUGAAGUUCUGAAGAAUAUCAAGGAUUGUUUUCCAGACCUGCAAACACAAGUGAAAUUGAAAUUAUUGUUAAGUUUCUUUCAUAUCCCGCGCAGAAAUGUUGAAGAGUGGCGAAAUGAACUCGAAGAGAUUAUCGAAGUGGCAGCGGUGGACUCAGACUUAUGGGUGGCGAUGCUGGCCGAGGUCCUCAAGACGUUUCCCUCAGCGGGCACCCUCAACACCGAGAUAGCAGAGUUUGACGAGACCAGGCCCAUCUUCAGCGAUAUGAUCGGAGAGCUGAGACGGGCGCUGGCCAAACACUCUGACCUUGGACUGCUACCUCUUGAGUGCCUAUAUUUGAAUAAGAAUGCUUUAGUUUCUGUAGUGGGCCAGCAACCCAACGCAGUGAAACACUUCACCCUGAAACGGAAGCCCAAGUCCGUGGCUCUCCGCAGCGAACUCCUAGCCAAGGCUACCGAGGCCCAGGCCAACCAGAAGAAGGCGCAGGCGCCUACAGUGCCUGUUCGCAGUCGUGGCAUGCCUAGGAAGAUGACUGACACUACGCCGCUCAAAGGCCUGCCGUCCCGCUGGGCGGGCCGCGGCGGCGGCGGGGCGGGGCGGCCCCUCCCCGCGGUCCCGCGGCCCCCUCCCCGCGCGGGAAUCAAGCUGCUGGAUAUCACAGAGCAGCCCGCUACACACGCGCAGAUUAAGAAGCGCAGGAAGCUUGAAAUGGAGGAAGGCGCGAAAAAGGCCCCGCCCGCGGCUCCCGCGUCGCCGCCGCCGCCUGACUUCGCCAAGGGCCUGUUACCGGCCAAGACGGAACCAGAACCAGCUGCGGCGAGUGCGAGCGAACCGACGGCAGCAACAGAGGCGGCGCCCGAGCCCGCGCCGGAGUCCGAGCCAGCGCCGCCCGCGCCCGACCGCCCGCCGCCGCUCACCAGCCCGCUACUCGUGCAGGGCACGGGAGCGAAACCAAUCGUCCUGGGCCAACAGCCGAAGCUUCUAAUAGCGGGGCAGGCGGGCAAGCCGCUGCUGCUGUCAGCUCAGAACCUGCUCAACACCUCCGCCGUCAUCCUGCAGCCGGGCGGCAAGGCCGUGCUGCUGCAGAACAUCAAGCCGGUGACCCAAACGGUGGUGCAACCAGCGGCGGCGCGCAGUCAAGCGCCCGUGCCUGCAUUACACGCGGUGCAACCGCAACCGCCACCGCAGCCCGUGCAGCAGCCGCAGCCGCAGGUGCAAGCCGAGCGACCGGCAGCGGCCGCGACUCACGCCACGCCCAGUCCGCAAUUGCUCCCACGACGGGGGCUCUCACUCACGCGCGAGCAAAUGCUUGAAGCUCAGGAUAUGUUCCGGAACGCGAAUCGCGUCACGCGCCCCGAAAAAGCGCUUAUACUUGGCUUCAUGGCCGGCUCACGGGAUAACCCUUGUCCAAACCUAGGCAACAUAGUAACAAUAAAACUAUCAGAAAACAUAGAGAACGUUCUGCAAUCGGACGACACCUACCUCACAAUGCUCUCCGAAAUGCACUUCCAAAUGAACUACAACAACGGCCAGUGGACCCGGCUCAAGAAAUACCGGCACAUAGACGGAAUGGUGCCCCAAAAGAUACCACCCGGAUCUACGGUCAUAUCGGCGAAUAACCAGCAACCAGUUGUGUCUAUAGCUAACCAGAGCGUGAGUUAAGUCUUGAGUAUACAGUGUCGUAUUGUGGUUUUUCUAUUGCAUUAGAUAAUGUAACUUUACAACUUAAAACUAGACGAGCAAAAACAUGGAAUCACCCCAUUGUGUUUUGUUCCGAGCGAUCUUAAACUAAAUGACUAAAGUCCG